UCUGAGAAGUCAGACAGACAACGGCUGUACUGGGAGUGUUUUAUGGCUGCCUGCUCAGCACGACGUCCAGUAAUUUCAUGUAUUUAAGAAUACUCGAUGUUUUUAGAAGCCGUGAAAACGAAACUAUCGAUCUUUAUUAAACGAAGAAUGUAGUCAAGACAAAGUCGACUGAAUGUGAACACGGCUAACUUUUAAGUGCUAACGUUAAAUGACUCAGUCGUCGAGCGAAAUUCAACUUCAUCGAUCGCAGAUAGUUCUUCUGAAAAUACACUCAACGGAAGUCUCGCUAGGAUUAUAAGCAGUGCUUGAAGACUUGGACUUGAUGUUUUAAGAAGAACUACAUGAAUUUAACGGGUCAACUAUCUUUUGUAACUUUUCUUCCUCAACAGCGGUGCAAACUGUUGUCGUAGUGGCGUACAUUAACGUCGGCUAAUUUUAGCAAGCUAACGUUAGCUAACGUUAGGUAGCCAGCAGCCUAUCGGUACAGUAGUUUGCUACUGUCAAGACUACGAUUAAUUCAGGCAACUUUUUAUGACAAUGUCUUUCAUACGUUUUGCAACAGGUAGACCUUUAGCAAACACGACGAAGCAGUAAAAAAAAACAUCGAACAUUUUCAAACUUACGUGAUAAUUGUCCUAUGUUUGUAUCUUCAGGUUAUACUGUGGGCAAUAUCAUGAGUUGUAGUUUGGCUUUUUGGUUCGUGUUUUGAAGAUUGUUCCAGAAAACAAGUUAACGUUACCCGAAUGAUGCAGUCUUUGAACACAGUCUAACCCCAAUACCGAGCGACCAUGUUGGAUCAUACAGACUAACAUCAGACUUGGAAAGGAGACGAGCUUCAAGUCGUGCAUUUGGCUCCAUAUUUUUGUGCUAAUGCGAGCAGAAGAGGACACAUUUGAAUUGGCCUAGGGAUACAAUAGCUUAUCUUCGUCAGUUUGUGCAUCAAAAUGUCGGCCAUCUCCGCAUCCGAGAAAGUGGAUGGGUUUACGAGAAAGUCCAUGAGGAAGGCCCAGAAACAGAGAAAAUCCCAAGGCUCUUCUCAGUACCGCACACAGAGCGCUCCGGUGGAGCUUUCACCCCUGCCGCAGCUCAAAGAUGCCCCCUCCACAGAGCAGCAGGAGCUGUUCACCAAGAAACUCCAGCAGUGCUGCAUGCUCUUUGACUUCCUGGACUCGGUGAUGGACCUGAAGAGCAAGGAGAUCAAGAGGGCCACACUUAACGAGCUUGUGGACUACGUUUCCACCAACAGAGGAGUGCUGGUGGAAUCUACAUACCCAGAGAUCACUAAUAUGAUCUGCACCAAUAUAUUCCGGACUCUUCCACCAAGCGACAACCCUGAUUUUGACCCAGAGGAGGAUGAACCCACUCUAGAGGCUUCCUGGCCUCACGUUCAACUGGUCUAUGAGUUUCUCCUACGCUUUCUAGAGAAUCCAGACUUCCAGCCCAGCAUUGCAAAGCGCCACAUUGAUCAGAAAUUUGUUCUGCAGCUUCUGGAGCUGUUCGACAGCGAGGACCCGAGGGAGAGGGACUUCCUGAAGACCAUCCUGCAUCGGAUUUAUGGAAAGUUCCUGGGGUUGCGUGCCUUCAUCAGGAAGCAGAUCAACAACAUUUUCUUGCGGUUCAUCUAUGAAACUGAGCACUUCAACGGCGUUGCUGAGCUGCUAGAAAUCCUGGGAAGUAUCAUCAAUGGGUUCGCGUUGCCUCUGAAGGCAGAGCACAAGCAGUUCCUUAUGAAGGUGCUCAUCCCAUUACAUACAGCUAAAGGACUGGCCCUUUUCCAUGCACAGCUGGCCUACUGUGUGGUCCAGUUCCUGGAGAAAGAUCCUACACUCACUGAACCGGUGAUCCGCGGGCUGCUGAAGUUUUGGCCUAAAACCUGCAGCCAAAAAGAGGUGAUGUUCCUGGGUGAAAUUGAGGAGAUUCUGGAUGUUAUUGAGCCAACACAAUUCAAGAAAAUCCAGGAGCCGUUGUUCAAACAGAUCUCUAAAUGUGUUGCCAAUCCACAUUUUCAGGUAGCAGAGCGAGCACUGUACUUCUGGAAUAACGAGUACAUUCUCAGCCUCAUCGAGGAGAACAUUGACAAAGUCCUUCCCAUCAUGUUUGGUAGCCUGUACAGAAUCUCCAAAGAGCACUGGAAUCCGACAAUCGUAGCUCUGGUCUACAACGUGCUGAAGACACUGAUGGAGAUGAACUGCACGCUGUUUGAUGAGUUGACCUCCUCCUAUAAAGCCGACAGGCAACAGGAGAAGAAGAAGGAGCAGGAGAGGGACGAGCUGUGGAAGAAGCUGGAUGAGUUGAGGCUCUGCAACACCAAUCUGUUCCAGAACAACAGCCGCGGGCUCCCUUGUGUCCAGAACAACAACAACAACAACAACAACAACAAUAGUAAUAAUGACAACCAAGACAAGAGCGCUGAGGCUGCAGCCGUCGCCACAGACAACAAAGAUCCUGAGGUCAAAGAUCCUGACGUCAGUGAGAGCACCCCAUGUGCCAAAUGACACCGGAUGUCAGUUUUUUAUUCCGUAACGGUUUGACAUUGUGUUCAGGACUGUCAAGAGAGGAUUAACCGAGACAGAAAAACACAAAAUACACCUCAACAGUAUAUUAAAUCUACUUAGAGUUACUUUAGAAUUUCUUUGGCAGAAAAAAAAAAUAUAUAUAUAUUUCAACUUAAGACUAUUUUUGGAUGUUACAGUGUGGCUGCAGUACAUUGUUUAUUUGUCUGAUCAAAGAUUUAUCCUUUCACAUUUAGUUUCUUAACUGAAAAUGAUUUUUUUUUUUUUUUUUGAUAUAUUCGUUGUACUUGGGAGGGGAGAAAAUAAUGACUUGAAUUCAAUGUUUCCGAUUGUGCUGCACUUAGACAAGCUGAACAGCUAUUUAAAGAUGUCUAUUUUUUAAUGUGCUUUUCCUUGUUGCUGCCAACACUUGGGUGCAAACCUUAAGGAAGAAGGGAACUGCAGACUUUGGGAGUAUUUGGGGGCAGAUGGGACCAGAUCCAUAAUUAGAUAUUUAGUGUCCAUUGAUGUAUAGAAAAGGAGUGUUAUCACGAGAAGAAGCUACAGGACAGCUAGAGAAUGGGAGGUGCAUGGCCAAAAAAA